AUGCUUACGACUAAACAAGUAUUUUUUUUUGUUUUAUGUUUAGGUGCAUUCUUAAUUCCAUAUGGCAUAGCUCUAGUAUUGGAAGGAAUACCUUUAUUCCACUUAGAACUUGCAAUUGGACAACGUUUAAGGAGAGGAAGUAUUGGAGCAUGGAAUGCAAUUUCACCAUACCUUGGAGGCGUUGGUAUUGCUUCAUUGCUUGUUUCCUUUCUGGUGGGAGUGUAUUAUAAUACUAUUAUAGCAUGGAUUCUAUGGUAUUUCUUCAAUUCGUUUCAAAAUCCACUUCCAUGGAGUUACUGCCCUGCAACAGAUUACAAUAAUACAGGUAGUGCUUAUGAGGAGUGUAGUAGAAGUAGCACAGUUAACUACUAUUGGUACAGAAAGACAUUAAAUAUAACCACAACUAUCAAUGACAAUGGAGAUUUACAAUGGUGGAUGGCGAUUUCUCUAGCAACAGCAUGGGCCGCUGUAUAUCUGUGCACUAUAAGAGGGAUUCAAUCUACAGGAAAGGCAGUUUACAUUACUGCGACUUUCCCUUACAUUGUUCUAACCAUAUUUCUCAUUCGCGGUUUCACAUGCCUGGUGCAAUUGAUGGACUGA